AUUUUUAAGCUCCAAAGUCACUUAAUUAUCACGCAGUAGAGUUUCAUGCAGCAAGAUAGUAAUCUACCUCUGCACCACCUGGUGUUGUGCUCUUCCUCACCAUGACUGAUUUUCUCGCUAUAAACCCACUUUCCAUUUCAGCUACAGAGUCUCCAUUGUUCCCCUUUCUCAAUUCACACCCAACUUCAUCAUCAACCAGAACCCAAUUCAGCUCAAUUUCCUUUUCCCCCUUUUCUCCCAAACUCUCCAAAACCAGUGGCAACAACAGUGUUUCCUCAGCUUUGAGCUCGAGGUCCAAUGGAAAGCAGGGUCCACCAUCAAGGGGUCAUAGCUUUUACGACGAACUUCAAUUUGAGGACUCAAAGGAGAACAAUUUCGGGUUAGAGUUGGAGGGUUUGUCCAAUGAAACUGAUGGGUCUAUCCCAUUUUUUGAAAUAGAUGAAAAUGAUGAUAAGGGAAGUGGAAAUAGUGGGACUGAAUUGGGAGAAGAUGAAUUGAUUCGAGUUCAGGGUGAUGGAGAUGAAGAUAGGGAUGGGGUUGAUUUGAGAAUAAAUGACAAAGUUGAGAAAUUUGGUGGUAAUUUGAGAUUAAGAAGAGGUAAACAAGUGAUUAGAAGGUCGAAUUUGUUGGCGAAGCAGGUGAUUAGUAUUCAAUCUGCUCUUAGUUUGGGAUUUGUCUCACAGCUUUGGGUGGACACUACCUCUUGGAUGGUCUUGUUUGUAGAGGUGAGAUCAAACUUGCUUUCUGGGGAUUCAGAAAAAUUCUUUCUUGAGGAUAUCAGUCAGGUUGGGGAUGUUGUCCUUGUUCCGGAUGAAAGUGUUAUAGACAACGAAUAUAAUAUGAUUGGAUUGGAGACUCUGGUUGGAUACAGAGUUGUAACACCCUCUCUACGAAAUAUCGGAAAGGUGCGUGGAUACAAUUUCAGCAUCAAUUCAGGUGCUGUUGAAGAACUUGAGAUAGACUCAUUUGGAUUAUCCAUCAUUCCAUCAAGUUUGGUGAGUACCUACUCUUUGAUGGUUGAGGAUGUACUUGAAGUAGUGUCUGAUGCUGUUGUUGUACAUGAAGCUGCAGCUUUACGAAUACAAAGGCUUUCCAAGGGCUUUUUGGGCAACCAGAAUGUGGGAAUCUCGGCGGAUGAUGUCGAAGAUUAUGAAUAUGAACAAUCUGCAACAUAUGGUCGUGUUUCAAGGAGAAGGAAAGGUUUUGGAAGAAAGAAACCCAAUCCAAGAGAGUGGGAUAAUAAUGAAGAUAACUGGGAGCUUCCCAUGGAUUACCUCUAAUCUUGUGGUUUUCUGCCUCUAUACUCCUAAAACUAUGGCAAUGGAGUCCUCAAUUUCUUUUGAGAAAAAACAGAACGGUUCCCUGCUCAUAAAUUUCACAGAAAAUACAUUUUAUUGAAA